AUGUCGUCUUCCAACGCUGAAUCCCGCAAGUCUGAUUCUAGCUUAAACAAGACAGCGUCUGUUGAACCCGUUGAGGUAGGACCAGUAUCCUACAAUGGGGAAGAGUACGUACAGUCAUCUGGUGUUACUCGCAUGGAGGCCAUUCAUCGUUCCGCCUCUGGUCAAUCUGGCCGAUUUACGCUGUGGGCGGUCAGUGUUUCUGUCGUUGUAUGUGCUUGGGCAUACUCCCUUGAUCAAUCGACGACCUCCAACUAUGACGCCCUCGCCACGUCUUCGUUCUCAGAGCACAGCAGUGGUCUCGCUUCACUCAAUAUCGCCACUGGCAUCAUUUCCUCGGUCUGCCAACCUUUUAUCGCCAAGAUAUCUGAUAUAUUCUCUCGUCCGUACACCUAUAUCUUGGUCCUGGCCUUCUAUGUUGUCGGAUAUAUAAUCAUCGCCACAUCUAGCACAAUAUCAGCCUACGUUGUUGGUGCUGUCUUUGUAUCUGUCGGGAGCAGUGGUUUGAGUCUGUUGAAUAAUAUCAUCGUCGCAGACUUAACUACGCUCGAAUGGAGAGGAUUCGUUAACUCCCUAUUAUCUGCUCCCUUCAUUAUUAAUACCUGGUACGCCGGUAAAAUCGUCAACGCUCUCAGCACCGGUGAAAAAUGGAGGUGGGGAUACGGGAUGUUCGCUAUCAUCAUGCCUGUAGCUUUAUGUCCUGCCAUCUUUACCCUCAUUUACCUGGACCGCAAAGCACACCGAGAGGGAAUUAUCAAUCUCUCUUCUAGUGGCGCUGUCCGUCGUUUAGCGCUGGCCGAAGGGCGCUACAAAGAACAGGCUCGGUGGACUGUUAGAACCAAACAGAUUCUCAGUGAGAUUGAUGCAUUUGGAUUGAUUUUGCUGGGCUUUGGCUGGUCUCUGCUACUUCUUCCCUUCUCGCUCAAGACUUAUGCAGAGGGUGGCUGGCAUAACCCUUCUUUGCAGGCUAUGAUGGUAGUCGGAGGAGUUUUGCUCAUCGUCUAUGUGUUUUACGAAAUAUACGUUGCAUCGGUUCCAAGCACUCCAAAACGCAUCCUCAAGAACAAAACUUUCAUCAUGGCGGUUAUCAUCGAUUUUGUUUAUUUAAUGGCUGGAGAGUUCCGCGACUUGUAUUUCUCUUCGUAUAUCUAUAUCGUCAAGGAUUGGUCGGUAACGAACUGGACAUACUACAAUAACACACUCACGAUCUCACUUUGUGUAUUCGGUAUCUUUGCCGGUCUCUUCCAACGCUGGACCCAUCGAUAUAAAACGUCUCAAAUCGUCGGUCUUUGCGUUAAGAUCAUCGGCAUCGGCAUUCUUCUCAAUGGGACCCGUGCUACAGAUAACACUGCUGCCCUCAUACUUGCGCAGAUUAUCGUUGGUGCCGGAGGCGCCUUCAGCGUCGUCGGCUCACGAGUAGCAUCUCAGGCCUCAGUGCCUCACCAAGACGUCGCGCUUAUAAUUUCCCUUCUUUCCCUCUGGAGUAAUAUCGGUGGUUCUAUCGGAGCUGCCAUCGCAGCAGUCAUUUGGUCAGCCAAGAUGCCAAUGUAUCUCCGCGAAUAUUUACCCGCCAACACCACCGACACACAGAUCGAGACUUUCUUUGGCAAUAUAAAAACCAUUCGCGCAUACUCUUUUGACAGUCCUACUCGCCAAGGCGCGAUCAUGGCUUAUCAGAAGACGCUUUGGUAUUUGAUAGUGCCAGCGUUGGGAACCUCUUUCAUUCCUCUAAUCGCUGCGUGCUUCCAGACCGAUUAUUUCCUUGGUCGUCAGCAGAAUGCUGUGAUGAACAUCGGACCCGAUGGUUCCCAUCUGGACGACUCAGAGGAAGAAGAGACUAUCAUUGUUAAGCCUACGACUUUGAAAGGAAAAUUUUUGAAAUUUUGGGCAGGCAAGUGA